AAAAACCCACCCCUUCACACUACAAACCAGACCAAUACACGGAUCUUCAUUCUGUGCAUGUGAACAGAAACCACUGCCCUUGUCAUUCCUCCACUCCCCUACUGUUCAUCCUGUGAUUCCUACUCACCUCUGACCUCAACAACUUCCCCUUUCUUCAAUUCUUUUCAGCAUUAUAUAAACCAACCCACAACUGUCAGCUGCAACUCCAUGUCCAAUAAGCUAAGAUUUGGUUGAAUGAAGAUGAAAAGCAUUAAAAAUCUGCCACUUCUUUGCAUCUUACUCUUGUCUUUCUGCUUUUUCAUCACUCCUUUCCUGUCUCUUUAUGAUGGACCUCUAUAUGACUCUUCAGCCUACACAGAGUGCAAAGAGAACCCAGAGGAGCCAUUAUACGGGGGAGGAGUAUUGGCCAAUAAAGAAGCAGAAUCCCGACAAGUCAUAGGGCUCAACGGAAAGGGAGUUAAUACCCCCACCUUUCUGCUCCAAGAUUUAACCCCUGACACCAUUUAUUGUUUUUCCAGUUGGAUCAGAAUAGAGAAUGAAGAGUCUGCUCUCUUGACCGCAACACUGAUGUCAGAAAAUGGUGAACAAACAGACUGUGUAGGGAGUGUUAUUGCUAGAAGAGGAUGCUGGUCUUUCAUCAAGGGUGGCUUUGUUUUGACUUCCCCAUCUAACUUAUCUCUCCUCUACUUUAUGAAUUCAGCUACAUCAGAUAUCAAUAUAGAGGUUGCAAGUGCUUCUUUACAGCCAUUUACUCAGCAGCAAUGGAGCUUAAAUCAACAAACCAAAAUUAACAUGGAAAGAAAACGUGCAGUGACAAUCCAUGCCUCAGAUAAACAAGGUCUUAGACUAAAGAAUGCAACGGUAACAGUUGAGCAACUGUCGAAUGAUUUCCCGUUUGGAUCUGCCAUAGCAAAGUCCAUCAUUGGAAAUUUGCCCUAUCAGGUUUCCAGAAGGAUUGGUUUGCAGAAAGAUUUAAUGCAGCAGUGUUUGAGAACGAACUGAAGUGGUAUGCAACCGAACCAGAUGAAGGACACCUCAACUACACCAUUCCCGACCAGAUGCUCAGCUUUGUUAGAGAACACCAGAUUGUAGUGAGAGGCCACAACAUCUUCUGGGAAGAUCCCAAAUACACUCCCAAAUGGGUUCUUAACCUGACCGGCCCGGACCUGAAAUCCGCUGUCCAGUCCAGAAUCACGAGCCUGAUGGAGAGAUACAGGGACGAGUUCAUCCACUGGGACGUCAGCAACGAAAUGCUACACUUCGAUUUCUACGAGCAGAGGCUCGGGCCAAACGCGACCUUGGAGUUCUUCAAGACGGCCCACGAAGCCGACCCGCUCGCGACCCUGUUCAUGAACGAUUUCAACGUGGUGGAGACGUGCUCCGACCCGAAAUCCACAGUGGACAUGUACAUAGUUAAGAUGAAGGAGCUCAAAAAGGGAGGAAUUUCAAUGGACGGGAUCGGAGUAGAAGGGCAUUUCUCAGACCCGAACCCUCCUCUGAUCAGAGCGACCAUUGAUAAACUCGCCACUUUGGGGCUCCCCAUAUGGCUCACAGAAAUCGACAUCAACAAGAAGUUCGGCCAGGAAACGCAGGCAAGGUAUUUGGAAAAAGUCCUGAGAGAGGGGUUUUCGCAUCCGGGCGUGGACGGGAUAAUGCUCUGGACGGCCCUUGAUCCGAAGGGGUGCUAUCAGAUGUGCCUUACGGAUAACAACUUCACGAAUCUGCCGGCUGGGGAGGUUGUGGAUGGUCUGCUGAAGGAGUGGCGAACCCAGAGCUUGGAGGGAGAAACAGACGAUCAUGGAAGAUACAGUUUCUUUGGGUUUCUUGGGGAAUACAAAGUGAGGGUCGAGUAUGGAAACAAGACUGCAACUUCAACAUUCUCACUCAACCGUGGUGAUGACACCAGGCAUUUUAGCAUUCAGCUAUGAACUAUACUUACAUAGUUACAUUACAAGCUAGUUAAGCUACAAAAUAUAUUUAUAUAUGUUGAAUCAUUUUUCUAAAACUCGCUAGGCGCUAGUCGGGCGGUUGAGGGGCGCCUAGCGCCUAGGCGGCCGACUAGGCCGAUUUUUUGGCCGACUAGGCCGAUUUUUUGACCGACUAAGCCGACUAGGCCUCUACAGUUAGGACCGCCUAGACCGCCUAGGCCGAUUAAUCGGUCCGCCUAGGCCGAUUUUUAGAACAGUGUGUUGAAUCAAUGUUGAAAUCUUUACCUUAUUAAUUAAUGUUAUACAAAC